AUGUGGGCGAGACUGAGAAGUUUCUUUGGGAAAGAGAAUGUGGACAGUCGAAAAAUCCAAGAGAGGCAGAAGGCAGAUGGCCUUCCAUCUCAUUUUAAAAUAUCAAGAAAUAAGUUGUCCUGGGGAAGACACAGUGAGUCUUGGGCAGAGGACGUGGGCUUGUUGCCUCUGUGUCCUGGGGCCAGUGGGGAGACACCAUCUCCCACAAAGCUCCCCUCCAAGAAGCAGGUGAAGAAGGAAAUGGACAGGUUGACCACUCAGCUGCAGCUGAUGACCAGGGAGAGAAAUGAGCUGAGAGAUCGCCUGAUCCUCAUCACAGAAGGAUCCUUGGACAACAGGCCCUACUACAGGCCAAAUCCUUUCUAUGAGAGACUGAUGACACAGCAUAAACAGGUGAUAUUGGACCUGCAGACCUUAGAGCAGGAGCACACUGAAGCCUCACAGAACCUCAAGGAGCUCGACAAGGAGACUGGCUUCUAUAGCAACCUCCACAGCCGGCUCCUGAUGGAGCAGGCUCAGUUGAAGAAGAAGGUGGACAUGAUGACGCAGGACAAUGAGACAGUGCAAGAGAAUUGGGUCCUGCUAAAGCACCAGUUGGCGGAAAUGCAGCAGAUUUGUAAGGACCAAGAGGAGGAGACCAGCGACCUCCAGACACCGCAACUGGACAAGGUCUGGAACCAUUUGCCCACUUGA